CCAGUUACAGAUAUUAUAGUUUACACGCACAUGGUAAUCACUUAUACUGAGAUGUCAUGUUCUCUGUUAUAGCAACCAGGAUGUUAACAAGUAUUUGGAGAAGAGAAGUAGCAAUUCCUAUCACUACAAUAUACAAAUAUAACAAACAAGCCGUCUCAAAGACUGAAAAUGUUUUGUCCAGUGUAUUCUACCAUAGAGCACCUCUUACAUUGCAAAAUAUUGAAAUAACUUCAAAUAAAACUCUGCAGACUGUUACAGCGUCAUUGUCAGCUGUAAUUGAAGAUAAAAGACCAAAUUUUCAAAGCAAAUCUCGCAGAAAAUUAAUGAGAAAAAAGUCGAUAAAGUUACAAGUUUACAAAAACAAGGAAUUCAUUGAAAAAGCUCUCGUUGUGUAUAACCAUAAACCUGAUUUGAGGUUCCUACCUUCAAAUUUAGACUGUUGUCAAAAAAGUUUGGGUUUUGAGGAAAAAGAAUUGUUGUGCAAUAAUGUGAACUAUGUUCCACCAAAUGUUGACAACACUACUAACAAUAAUGAAGAUUUAAACAAAACAGAAGAACCAGCUAAUGACCCCAAUCAAAAGUUAAGGCUACUUUAUUCAAAACUUCGAAAUGAGAUUCCAAUGUUCUUUGAAAAGCGAGGUCCUUGGCACGACUUUAGUAUUUACACAAAAGACAUUGAACUGCACACUUCUUCAAAGAAGAACCCAGAAAAACUUAAGUUGUUCCUGAGCGGCCACCGUUCCUACAAAUUCUUCUUAUGGUCGUAUCGACAAUUUAACCUUCGUUAUCUAAGUCAACCAACACUUGAUGUAUUAAGCAUGGAGCUGGAUGAGACGCACCAUCGUAUAGAAGUUAGAUGGAGAUUAUCCGGCUGGAACCCGACAACAAUGAUCUGUAAUCUGUUGCUAUCUAUGCCAGCUAAUAGAAGAUAUUACGAUUACGUUUCUACAUUUUAUGUAAACAAGGAUGGAAACAUAUGGAGACACGAUGUUCGAAAGAUUCGGCUUAUAACGGACAGCAUUAUACGUCGUGGCGUUGAAGUGAUUAAAUCAAGAAGUGUGGCAGCUGCUGCAGCCAUUGCAAGCAAAUUACAAACUCUACCAUUUUUUGGAUACACAGACAAAAUAACACCGAGCAAAAAGACAGUCACGUAAUAUUGAAUAAUAUGCAUAGAAUAGCACACAGAAAAAGUUCCCGAUAUUUCAUGUUAUAUUUAUAGCGACUAUUUCUUGUUAUUUUAACAUUUUUUGGACACAUACACAAAAUAACACCUAGCAAAAUAACAGUCACGUAAUAUUGGAAUAACAUUUAUUGCGCAGAAGCUACCUUUAUUUCUUGGUAUUUAAAGCAAUUAUUGCCACAGUAAUAAGUUACACUAAAUUAACAAUAACAUGGCUUUCAUACAUGCAUAUUUAUAAGCACACAACAGAAUACUGAUAAAACAAUGCUUUAAAUUAGGGGUGUGCAACCUGCAGCCCCUUUUAAUAUCAUAACAUCCUAUAAUAGCAUAGGAUCAAAAACUGAAAGAACCCACUAUUGGUCCAUGCAAGCUUAUGUUCAAUAAAUGUAGGGCCGGUUCAUCCAGUAAUUUAUACCUGGUCCUCAUGUAAGGUUGCACACCCCUUUCUGUAAUGUAUUAUUUAAAGUAGUGAAGCAGGAAAAUAAUGUAAUUCGUAAAUAAUGUAAUUUAAAUCUUGUAUUUUGCACAACUUAUAUUAUAAUCACAAUCGCUGUUUUUUAACAGUAGAAGUUUCAAUAUAAGUUUCAUUUAUAAUAUUGCGAUGUGAAGUUUAAUUGUAAUUCCUGAUUAGUAUUGUUGUUAGCACUCACAGUGAGAAAUUUAUAUUACUUUGCGAUUUAACAUUAAAGAAAAAUAAAAUUAUGAGAUUG